ACCACUUCUGUACUGGAACCAAUGCAAGAAUAUGCACCUCCAUAACAAAGCCUGUAUGGAGUCCUGAGAGCAGUGGGACAACACGGGCUGCAGGUUUAUGGGCUGCUGUUCAGCUUUUUAAAAAAUAUCCAGUGAGACAGGAUCUGAGUUGGAUGUUUGCAUUGUUUUGCCAGCACGUGCGUUACCAGUGAAUUUGUACUGUCGCUUUUGAGUGAGUGAGUGUUUCGCAUCCCGGCGCGGGCUCUGAGGAGGACUGCGCAUCACUUAGAGUUGGUGCCGAAGUUCGGCCGCGAACGGAUGUGAGGGAAGAGUGUGCCGAGUAAAACUCCCUCACUUGUUUUCGUCUCUCCCGCUUUGGCGUUUGUCUUUGCCAGGACACUAGUGAGUCAAAGACGCUGAAAGUGAUUUCAUGCCUUCAGUCUCGCACAGUCUGAGAUGGACGUGAGAUUUUAUCCUGCGCCCCCGGCAAAUGUGGGUUCAUGCUCCCUACCGACUGAUCCAAGUUGCCUGAGCUCGUUGGACUAUUAUCACACGAACAAGGCCCGGUACAGUGUGGGUGAGCGAGGGGUUAGGCUCCACACUGCCCCCCCUCCAGCCAUCAAUCCACCUAGGAAAAGACUACCCACUGCUGUGUUUGAUGGUGACAACAUGUACAUGAAUGACAAUAACCAAGAGUUUCGGUCACCAAACCAGAGCUACUCCAGUCAGGGCAGAGGCAGCGGCGGUGGCGGAGGAGGAGGAGGGGGAGGAGGAGCUGGGGAUGAAGACUAUGAGAUCCCCCCCAUCACACCCCCGAACCACCCUGACCCUUCUUUGCUCCAUCUCAUGGAGCAUGAGUCAGGUUACCCCUUUCACUCCCUGCCGCACAAUGGCUUGCUCAACACCUACCCCUACCCCGAGCUGCCCGCGCUCAUGAUGUCCAACAUGCUGGGUCAGGACACUCACCUCCUCUCUGGGCCUAUGCACUCGAUAAGCAGUGAGAAGCGACCCUCAGCAGAAAUGAUGAAGCCCAAACCCAAACCACAAAAGAAGAAGAAGAAGAAGGAUCCCAAUGAGCCACAGAAACCCGUGUCCGCAUAUGCGCUCUUCUUCAGAGACACCCAAGCAGCCAUCAAGGGCCAAAACCCGAAUGCUACCUUCGGGGACGUGUCUAAGAUUGUGGCCUCUAUGUGGGACAGCCUAGGCGAAGAACAGAAGCAGGGGUACAAGAGGAAAACCGAGGCGGCUAAGAAAGAGUACCUGAAAGCCUUGGCCGCGUACCGAGCCAGUCUGGUUUCCAAGACAUACAAUGACCCUGAACCAAAAAGUGCCCAGCAGACCAGCCAGCCCUCCCACAUGCUGCCCCCCAAGCAGUCCCUGUACAGCGUGCCCCCUCAGCCCUCCUCACCAUACCUGGGCCCACCAGGCUCCUUCCCCCUGUCAGACCUCCAGAGCUAUGGCGGGCCACCCCGCCACACACUGGCACAGACCCUCGGCCAGUCUCAGAUGCUCCCACCCAGCAUGAGUGCCUCUCCCCCAGCACCCUUCCAAAUCAGCCCACCUCUGCAUCCGCACGCUCAGCUCUCCCUGCAUCAGAGCUCCCUGCUCAACCAGCCAAUCCGAAUGCAGCAGUCACAACCAAUCAUCUCACACCAAAUGGGGCUCCAGGCAUCUCUGCAUUCCCCUCCUCUCAGCCAACAGGGUUUCUCCCAUAUUCAGGCUGAUUACCAGAACAGUGUUGGGGGCUCACAGUCUCCAGGGGCCCCCAAUCCAGUGCACGGCCAGAACCCUGACUGGGAUAGCGAGUACUGCAACAGGGACUGUGGGCCCAACCAUUGCAGCAGCGGCAUGGGAGCUCGAGACAAGCCUCUCUACCUCACUUGAAGUUGAAAGACCUCCAAAUGUCAGACUCCAGGGAGCUUUCUAACAUAACAACAACAUCAUCGAUGUAUCUGCUUCUACACCAUUUUUUUUCUCUUUUUUUCUUUUUUUCUGAUGGAUUUCGAAAAUCCCAAAGACUGCUACAGUAACUUCACCUAUUUGCCAAGCACUUAGAUCGGCCAGAAGCCUGAGGCACUUCUCUUGCUUUUUUUUUUCCUUAUCAGUGAACUUUCCAUUUUUUGAGGGGGCAGUGAGUUUUAAGCUCAUGCCAAAAAAAAAAAGUCUCAUUUUGUCUAGAAUUUUUUUUUAAUGAUUCCUCUCCUCUUUGCUCCAUUACUCCGUUUGCCAUGGACUGCCCUUGUUGGGGAGUUAAAAUGCUCAAAGCAUACUCAAAGCGUAGGGUCUUGGAUAGAAAAGCUAAUGCAGGAAAUAGAAUAUAGUCACCUUGUCAGGGUGGAUGUACUUCAGGACAGACUGAAACACCCGAACUGGGUGAAAGCAAAGCGACAUUUAAAUGAAGGUAUUGUCAUAAACACAUUUGUAAAUCAUCCUUGCCCUCAGUAAAGAAUUUCAUCCUUUCCUUUAUUUAUCACAGCGUGAUUGUAAAUAUCACAAAAAUGGAUUCCUCUUAUGUGUGUAUUUAGCUGCAGUCCCUUGCCUUCCUUCUUCUUUUUUUUUUUGAACAUCGUUUUCCUUUGGUUACGUGACUUUUUGUGCAGGCGGAUUCAGUGAGGGAAUACACACACUAAAACUUGUGUUGAAACUGUGUUCACCAGUCUUAUAUCUCUCCAAAUACGAGGGAAAUGCAAAGACUGCAAAAUGCUCAAUUUCCUCCACAGCUGGCAGAGCUCCGGUAGAGAGCGUCACUCUCUUCACAUGGCCUCAGGACACUGCAGAACUGUAGAGGUCAAAGAUUGAAACCUCUCCUUUUAGCUCCUCCUAUUCUAGCCACCCCCUCCUCCCACACCUGUAACCCCCCCCCCGCCCCCCUGCCCAACACCCCUUAGUCCCAACACCACUUGUACAGGUGAAUUAAAAAAAAAAAAAAAAAAGUUGCUAAAUGUGAAAUGUUACUAAAGAAAAAAAAAACAUAACAGUGGGUUUUAAAGUUUUUGACUAGUUUUAUUAGGUGUUUUAGAAUUGUGUUGAACUCAUCUUUAUCUCUUUUUUUUGUGAAGAAAAACAAUUCUUUACAAUAUUUUGUUUUUUCACUGUAGCAGGAUUUUGCGUUUCAGAGGAUCGGUCAUCGGGAUAGAUAUUUUAAUUUUGUGUAUAAACCUGCCAAACAUACUUUUAAUUUUUAAAGACAGUGAUGAGAAGAACCCAUUAUGUUUUGUUAAAUAUCAUAUGGUCAUUCUAUUUAAUUUGGUUGCAGGUUCCACAUCUAUUUAUGAAUGAAAUGAAGUAACAUUUUGGCUUAUUUUCAUCAGGGUGCAUUAUUAUUAUUAUUAUUAUUAUUAUUAUUAUUAUUAUUGAU